CCAAGUUCCAGUUGGGCCCUUCGCAACUUGUCGUCUGCGUGGUUAGGUCGUGGGUGGUUUGGUCAUUCCGCUCAGCCUAACCUGUGUCCAGCUGUUGCCAUCCGAAGCUGCUGCGGGAUUUGGGAUGGAUCUCAUGCGUUGCUAUUUCAGCUUUCUUUCUUUUUUCUUUGGUACGCUGCUGGUAGAUGUUGUGCCCUAGAGGUGGGUUAUGGUUGGUUUCUGCUACUGAUUUCUCUCCUCUCCUCUUCUUCUUCUGUUGCGUGGAUCGUCGUCAGGUCGUCUCGAAGGCUUAUGUUGAAAUGAGGAUCAUACUUAUGGACAAAGAUUGAAAAAUUCCAACCACCAUAUGCCUGGGGCUCAAAAAACAAAAUUAUUAGUUGACAGCAUUCAAGACCAGGGUAUGAAUCAGGUUUACAUUAUUGGAAGAGACGGUACUCAGAGAGUGGUAUCAGUGAUCAAUGAGGAAAUCAGAAGGCACGGUCUUAAAUUUGCAGUUGCUGGAAUGCCUAAAACAAUUGAUAAUUACAUUCCGGUAAUUCUUCUGUCCUUUGGCUUUGAUAGUGCCAUUGAGGAGGCUCAACGUGCCAAAAUUACAGCACACGUUGAAUUUGAUAGUAUUGAAAAUGGACUUGGCCUUAUGAAGUUAAUGAGUCGCUACAGUGGGUAUAUUGCAAUGUAUACUACUCUAGCCAGUCGAGAUGUUGACUGUUGCUUGAUUCUAGAGUUGCCCUUACAUCUCGAAGCACCAGGCGGACCUUUUGACUACAUAGAGAAAAGACUUAAGGAAAACAGACAUACGGUUAUUGUCAUAGCCAAAGGUGCAGGACAACAAAAGGAGUUGGAGGCACCAAGUAUGCAUAAUUUCUGACUAAUUGGUAGUCUUACAUUCUACUGAAACAUCAACUUAGUGAAAAAUAAAAUUGGAAAAAUUGGCAAGCGAUCAAUUUUAUCCGACUUGUUCUUUUUAAAAGGAGAGUUAGAUAUUAGUCAUAAAUCCCAGCUACUUAUGUAUAUGAAACAAACUUGUGCAACCUAAUUUUGUUACGCCUUUUGUAAUCAAUGACGUGUAGCCUAAUUCCAUUAGGCCUUCUAUAAUCUGAAAUAUCGCAUACUUAUGUAUAUGAAAUUUAUACAACCUAUGCAAGUAGUGAUUGCUAUCAAAACAUUACUAUCAUUUUAUGGAAUCUGGAGUCGCUGCUACAUAUUUAUUAAAUAUGUAGCAAUCACUACUUGACUAUCAAAGCUAUCAAGGUAACAUGUGUUUAUCAAUUGAAACACAUUUGGUAACAUUUUGUAGUCAGUUUAUUGCAUUUGAUUUUUUAUAUAUAUUCCUUUGGGUGAUGGCUCUUGUUUUCUGUCAUUGUCCCAAUUUUUGCAGUGAUUGAUUUCAUGUUUUGAAGCCUUAAC